AUGGUACUUUUAUUGGAUUUACUACUGGCACUGUUCCAUCAUAUGGUAUGCCAGGCUCACAUAAUUAGAUGCAGCAUCCAUGAUCCUCACUCUCCACUUCACAGCUAUCAUCAGUCAGGAGACUUCAUUAUUGGUGGCAUAGUUUUUCAUGGUGGUUUUAUCUCUGGUCCAAGAGCCUUCAGUGAAAAAAUCCCUCCAGACAAGCAUGAAGAAUUUGCCAUAGUACCCAAGAAUUACCAGCAUCUCCUGGCCUUUGCAUUUGCCAUAAAAGAAAUCAACGGAAACUCUAAGUUAUUACCAAACCUCACCUUGGGUUUCCGUAUCUACGACAGCUAUGACAAUGCAAGAAGAACCUAUCAUGCAGCCAUGUUACUUCUAUCAUUAGUGGAGACAUUGGUCCCCAACUACAUGAGCAACAUCCAGAAUAAUCUCAUAGCUGUUAUUGGGGGAUUAGAUCCCGAAAUCUCUCUUCAUGUGGCAAAUAUCUUGGAUAUCUAUAUGAUUCCACAGCUCAUAUAUGGCACUGCUCCAGUCAUGAAUGAUAAGACCCCAGGACUUCACUUUUACCAGAUGGUUCCUCAGGAAGCCCUUGAGAUUGAGGGGAUUCUGUCCUUGCUCCUGCAUUUCAGAUGGACGUGGAUUGGACUUGUUUUUAUAGAUAGUGACAAUGGAGAAAGAUUUGUGCAAACUGUGUUUCCAAUGUUUACUCAGAGAGGUGUCUGUUUUGCCUUCAUAGAAAGAAUCCCCAAAUUUACUUAUAUCACUGAAAUUUAUGGCAUGCUAGAACAGGGGUCAAAAAUAUAUGAUAAACUGCUGGACAGCAAAGCGAAUGUAGUGGUGGUUCAUGCAGAAUCAUAUUCCUUUGCAGUUUUUAGAUGGCUUCCAUAUCUUGCAGACCUGCAGCACGAGCCAAACAAAAUUAAAGGCAAAGUAUGGAUAACAACAGCCCAGAUGGAGAUCAAUGCAUUUGUUCUGCAAAGGAAUUGGGAUACAGAACUAUUCCAAGGUGCUCUUUCCUUCAGGAUUCAGUCCAAUGACCUACCAGGAUUCAACUCAUUUGAGAAGAGCAGAAAUCCUUUCAGCACAAAAGGAGAUGGUUUUAUCAGGGACUUUUGGCAACAAGCAUUUGACUGUAUAUUCCCAGAUACAGCAGUCAAUGAUAUGGAAGUUGAUGUUUGCACUGGAAGGGAAAAGUUAGAGAGCCUCCCUGGAUCUUUCUUUGAAAUGAGCAUGACUGGCCAAAGCUACAGCAUCUACAAUGCUAUCUAUGCUGUGGCCCAUGCUCUACAUGCCAUGUCCUCAUCUAAAUACAAACAUAGGACAAUGAUGGAUACUCAAGGAAACAAUCUUAAGAAUGAGCAGUGGUGGAAGCUCCAUCAGUUUCUUAGAGGAGUGUCAUUUAACAACAAUGCUCAGAAUGAGGUUUCCUUCAAUGAGAAUGGAGAACAAGUAGCUGGAUUGGACGUUAUUAAUUGGAACAUUUUCUCCAAUGAAUCUUUUCUCCGUGUGAAAGUAGGAAGGAUGGACCAUCAGGCUUCACCAAACCAAGCACUCACCAUUGAUGAGGAUGCCAUCACAUGGCACAGCUGGUUUAACCAGACACGACCACUUUCUGUAUGUACUGAGAGUUGCCACAGUGGUUCCAGCAAGAAGGUGAAGGAGGGGAAACCAUACUGCUGCUAUGAUUGCCUCCCAUGUCCAGAAGGGAAGAUUUCAAACCAGGAGGAUAUGAAUGACUGUAAGAAAUGCUCCGACAAAGAUUAUCCAAACAAGAAUCAGGAUUUCUGCAUUCCAAGGACUGUAACCUUCUUGUCUUAUGAAGAACCUCUGGGUCUGAGUUUAGCCUUCUUUGCUCUUUCCUUUUUGCUGAUCACAACUCUGGUGAUGGGAAUGUUUAUGAAACACCACAACACUCCCAUAGUCAAAGCCAACAACCAGAACCUCACCUACACUCUCCUCAUCUCCCUCUUGCUUUGCUUCCUUUGUACAUUUCUAUUCAUUGGCCAACCUCAAAAGAGGACGUGUCUCCUCCGACAAACUGCCUUUACCAUCAUCUUCUCUGUGGCUGUCUCUUCUGUGUUGGCAAAAACCAUCAUGGUAGUUUUGGCUUUCAUGGCCACCAAGCCAGGAUCUAGGAUGAGGAUGUGGUUGGGGAAGGAACUAGCCAUCUCCAUUGUUCUUUCCUGCUCCUUUAUCCAAGCAACUAUCUGUAUUGUGUGGUUGGAAACAUCUCCCCCAUUUCCAGAUGUUGACAUGCACUCAGUGGCUGAAGAAAUUGUACUUGAAUGUAAUGAGGGCUCUGUGACAAUGUUUUACUGUGCCUUGGGCUACAUGGGUAUCCUGGCCAUUAUCAGUUUCACUGUGGCUUUCCUCUCCAGGAAGUUACCUGGCAGUUUCAAUGAGGCCAAGUCCAUCACUUUCAGCAUGUUGGUCUUUUGCAGUGUUUGGUUAUCUUUUGUUCCAUCAUAUUUAAGCACCAAAGGUAAAUACAUGGUGGCUGUGGAGAUCUUCUCCAUCUUAGCCUCUAGUGCUGGAUUGCUGGGUUGCAUCUUCUUCCCCAAAUGUUACAUUAUUGUGUUGAAGCCUGAGAUGAACAACAGAGAACUGCUAAUAAGAAGGAAAAAAUGCUAA